AACGUGAAUUGACGUGAAUUGAAACCGUACGUGGACACUGGUUGAAAACGGAUUGAAACAUUUGCAGUUUUUAAGAUAAGUCACGUUCGUGCGCGCAUUCGCAGAUAUUCUAAAAGAGAGAAAACGGAGAUGAGCAGUGCAAUUACGUAAAUACGUUUGCUCCAGUUUGCUCGCUUUUGAUCCUUCUAUCAUGCAUACAUGUACUUCAACGAUACAUCCUGCCUCGAUGAUACGGUGACAUUGACAGCGUUAUUGCGGCUCGAUGUAAAUGUUAUAAUUGUGAUAAUGCGCAGAAAUAUAACUAAAACCUGCGAUAUCGGUAGAUAGACGUUGCGUGACGUUGCGCGUAUUCUGUAAUUAAUACACAGGACGGCCCGUUCAUGUUGUUGAUGCUUGGCGAUGCUCAUGAUCGAUUUUUUAUUAUUUAACGACUCUAUAUCUCUUCGCGUCUAAUUGUACCAUGAUGGGAAUAUUGUAUGAGAAAAGGCCGCUGAAGAGGCCGAGGCUGGGUCCCCCAGAUGUCUAUCCUCAAGAGCUGAAGCAAAAGGAGGAUGAGCUCUCGCUUACAAAUGUGAAACAUGGCUUUAUGGCAACUACGACCCAACUAACAGAUGAAUCUGGAACAGGCAGAAAUUAUAAUGUCACUGCUGCUAAAGUUGGCGCGUAUUUCAACGCAAUCCUCGCCAAGAAGGAAGAGCUUGCGACGAUGCCUGACACUGGUAGGAAGAGACAGCAGAUCAAUCCCAAGGACAAUUUUUGGCCAGUAACAGCAAGGACAAAGAAUGGCAUUGAAGCAUGGUUCAAAGAUCUUUCGGGCAGCAAGCCGCUAGUCGCUCUUGCAAAAAAGGCUCCGAACUUCAAUAAAAAGGAAGAAAUUUUUAUGAUGCUCUGUGAGUACCAAGUACCAAUGCUGAGAGCAGCUUGGUUUAUCAAGCUUAGUUCUGCUUAUACAGUUGCGGUCUCAGAAGCUAAGAUAAAGAAGCGUCAGCUGCCUGAUCCAACCACAGAAUGGACAGGAACUCUCAUAAAAUUUUUGAAAGAUCAAUUGUCUAAACUGCAAGAGUACUAUCAUAUGGGCAAUCAUGUAGCUGCUAGUAAUAAUAAUAAUAUGACAAACAAUUCCUGCAACAAUAAUGGGAUUACUGGAACAAACAACAGCAGCAACAGUAGCAGCAGCAGCAGCAACAACAACAGCAACAAUAAUAGUGUUAAUAAUAAUAAUAAUUCAAGCAAUAACACAAGCAAUGGCUCUGCCAAUAAUCAACCAUCCACACCUACCUCGAGCAGUCAAUCUGCAACAGGUAGUACAAUGAAUGAGGAUCAUAAAUUAGCGCUUAAACAAUGGCAUUAUUGCGUACAAUUGGCUAAAUAUAUGUUUGAAGAAGGUUUAUUGGAUAGACAAGAAUUGCUACAGUGGAUUCUCGAAUUGCUGGAUAAGAUUAGGUCUUCUCCCUCGGAAGAUGGCAUAUUAAAGCUCUUAUUACCAUUAGCUCUGCAAUAUUUGGAAGAGUUUAUACAAUCUGAAUUAUUAGCCAGACGAUUGACAUAUUUAUGCUGUCGUAAAUUGGCACAUAUGUGCAAUAAUGUUGAGAGCAACAAUAAUCCACAGAGUCCAUCUAUUACUAAGAAUGAAGCUAAUGGUAGUAAGGAUACUACUGUUGCUGUCCAAGGACCUUUAAAUCUCUUGACAGUUGCUUUUAAUGAUUAUUUGACUUGUGCACAUCACAGAGAUGUAAUUUACAGUUUAUCUACUAUAAUACAGGUUAUAACAUUAGAGUGUCCCACAGCAUUGGUUUGGAAUAGCGUUGGUGAAGGAAAGGCUCCAUCAGUUUUGAAUGGAUCACCUUUAGAUUAUUUACCAUGUCCUCCUGCAGCUUUACCGUGUCCACCCGCGAGUUCUAGCAAUCCUACAAUGAAACAGCUAAGAAUUGCACAAGAAAAUAUAAGAGCUCGAUCUCAGGCAGCGGAAGGUAGAUGGUCGUGCGACAAGUGGCAGCAAAGCAGCGCUGGAACAACAACUACCAAAGUAUUAGCUGCAUUGGAUGCUCUUGACCGGCACAGUUUUGAUAAAAUGGAUGCCUCUAAUUCGCUUGACACCUUGUAUGCAAAAAUCUUUACACCACCUCCAAAAGAUAAUUCUAGUGAACGUGACACAAAAACGGAAUAUAAUCCACAACAGGAUUCAGCAGUAGUCGAAAUUCUGUGUGAAUGGGCCGUGAGUGCUGAACGUUGGGGAGAACAUAGGGCAAUGGCGGUUGCUAAACUUCUCGAAAAAAGACAGAGUGAAGCUACUGGCGAAACUAAUGAUAACGAUGAUAAAGACAGCACAUGUAGUAAUGGAAGUCCGCCUGUGCUUCCAAUUUUUCAACCGUUGCUUAUGAAAUUCUUAGAUGUGGACGCACCGGUACUCGAUAAUACUUCGAAUCAAUCUAAGGCUCAAUUUACAAACUUAGUUCAUCUGUUCUCAGAAUUAAUAAGGCAUGAUGUUUUCUCACAUGAUGCAUACAUGUGCACUCUUAUUUCAAGAGGUGACCUUAUACAAGGUCCAGUUGCUAGCAAACCCGGAACACCUAGCAACAGAGAACCAAUCGAUGAAGAUAGCCUUUUUCCGGGUAUAGAUUUAAAGCCGACUAAAUUGGAAGUAUCGGAUCAUGGACGUACCAUGGAUUAUGAUGACAGUAAAAUUGAUGACGAUUUAGAUAAGAUAUUGCAACAUAUUAAAGAAGAUCAGCAAAAUAGCAUGGAUGCACCGGAUAGUCCCAAAGAGGAUGCACUGACUGGUCACGGAGGUCAUGAAAGUCUCGAUUCAAAAAUGCCAUCAAGUCAUAGCAGACAUUUAUUGUACACCACUCAUUUUCCGCUACCACAAGACGAGACAUGUAGUCAGCAUGAUUGCAAUCAGCGACACGUAUUACUUUAUGGUGUUGGACGUGUCAGAGAUGAAGCUAGACAUGUUGUUAAAAAAAUGACAAAAGAAGUGUGUAAAUUAUUUGGGAAGAAAUUCAGUAUUGAUGUUGCUGAAGGAGGCAAAGUAAAGAAACAUUCUCGAAGUGAAUUUAAUUUUGAGGCUGUUACUAUAAAAUUCCAAAAUCUAAGUUAUUUUGAUCAACACGUUGUAACAUGGCAAUGUGCAACACAAGUAAUAGAAAUGUUGAAUACAUUUGCAUUAGCUGGUUCGUCUUAUUUACCAGUUCAUGAGCAUGUAGCCUUUCUAUUCGAUCUAAUGGAACUAGCAUUAAACAUAUAUGGCCUAAUUGACGUUUGUAUACAAAUCCUGAAAGAAUUACCAGAAGUGGAGGCACAAUUGACAGCUAGAAACAGUCAAUUAGUUCGAAGUUAUACUACAAACCUAAGUUUAUACGUAGUCGGCGUAUUAAGGAGAUAUCACUGUUGUUUAUUAUUAUCUCCCGAACAGACAACAGCAGUAUUUGAUUUACUCUGCAAAGUAGUAAAACAUGUAUCAAAUCCGAGUGAUUGUAGUUCUGCCGAACGAUGCGUAUUAGCGCAUUUAUAUGACUUAUAUUCAACGUGUUCUCUCUUGAAAACAAAAUCACACGGAGUAGAAGCGUUUAGUAAUGCAUAUCCGAAAAUUCGUGCUGCUCUCUAUAGCACAUUGCAGCCAACGCCUUCAAGUCACGUUUAUAAUUCGCAAUUUAUGGUGGAUGUCUUCACUAGUCCACGAAGAGGUGGAAAAAUUGAACCGCAAUGGGCGAGACAGUUGAAUGAGACACCAGCCAAUCGUUAUAGUUUUGUUUGUAAUGCAAUUGUUGCAGUUUGUAGUGAAACUGAUAACGAUAAAUUAAACGAUAUUGCUAUAACUUGCGCAGAAUUAACUGCUUGUUGCAAUGCUCUCAAUGCCGAAUGGUUGGGAGUACUUAUGGCACUUUGUUGCUCUUCCAAUAGUUCUGCUUUUUACAUCGACGUGUUAAAUCAAGUUGAUGUACAAGAUUUAAGUAUACACAAUUCUUUAGCUAUAUUCACAUCAAUUUUAAUUGCAAGGCAUUGUUUCUCUUUAGAAGAUUUCGUUGUGCAUAUAGCAUUACCAUCAUUGGUGAAAACUUGUAAUGACGGUCGCGGAGAUAUUGAUAUCGAAGUCGAAGCAGGUGCACGUUUAACUUGUCACUUAUUACUGAGACUCUUCAAAACCGUCGAAUGUCCGCAGCCGGCUUUAUAUUCGGUCAGUACGAGUCCUCAUCCACUUCCAAGUGGAAAUUCAAGAGGUUACAGCAUAAAAUUGAGUUGCGAUAGACACUUAUUAGCAGCUGCACACAAUAAUAUAAGAGUAGGACCGGUACUCGCGGUUCUAAAGGCUAUAUUAGUUGUGGGGGAUGCUACAGCUGCUAAACAGCCUCCGAAGAAAGUCGAUAUACCUUUGAGCCAUUCCACUAAAGGAGGUGGCCCGGCCAGUGUUGGAGUCGGAGUUGGGGUGAGCAGUAGUGGGCCUGGUGAACUAUCAAUCAGUCAUAUUUUGGGAACCAGCGAUAUUUUAGGAGGUGGCGAUGAUCUUGGCCUUGAUCUAGCAAUGUCUUCAUCCAGUAGUAGCGCCGGCAUGACAACGGAAAAUGUCAAGGGAUUUUCUGAUUUUGCUCAUCAUGUUUUGCGUCAGAUCUGCAGUCAAGAAUGGGUGUUGGAAAGAUGCUUACAAAAUCCGGAAGAGCUUUGUCAUCAAGACAUGCUGUUAGAUAAUAUGCUGACGCCACGACAAGCUCAAAAAUUAUUACAUAUGAUUUGCUAUCCUGAAACGCCAACCGAAGCUUUUAUCGAUCAGAAAACACAUAUUACGAAUAUUUUAGAAAAUUUGGAACAAUGGAGUCUACGAAUGUCUUGGUUAGAUUUACAGCUUAUGUACAAGCAAUUCACGCCAAGCUCCAGUGAACUUUCUCAAUGGUUGGACACAGUUGCAAAAGCUGCAAUCGAUGUUUUUCAAUUGAACAAUACCUUAAGUAAUAAAUCUGACAAAAAGUCAGGUUCUAUAUGGUUAGUUGCUCCAUUAGUCUCCAAGUUGCCGAGUGCAGUACAAGGCAGAGUUUUAAAAGUGGCAGGACAGGUAUUAGAAUCAGGCAAUUGGUCGAAAACAGCAGGGCGCGAGAGAGGUAGAUCUAAAUCGCCUUCAUUGUUUAAUCAUCAACCAUUUCUGUCACUUGUAUUAACAUGCUUGAAAGGUCAGGAUGAUCAAAGAGAAGGUUUAUUGACAUCUCUACAUUCACAACUUUCGCAAUUUUUAAAUACCAGUAAAGAAGAGAAACAUAUUGGUUCCGAAGACCCUAAAACUAGAGAAGUAUUACAAGACGCUUUGCAGUUAAGAUUCAGUCUCGUUGGAGGUGUGUUUGAUACAAUACAAAGAAAUACGACUGCUACGACGGAUUGGGCGAUUCUACUAGUUCAAUUGGUCAGUUACGGUGUUAUAGACUUGAAUAAUAAUGCAGAAUUAUUUACAACCGUUAUAGAUAUGCUAGCAACACUGAUUCACUCCACGUUAGUAUCAGAUUCGCAGUCCGAGAAAGAUGAAAAUAAAAAACACUAUCAAAAUCUAAUGAAAAAAUUGAAAAAAGAACUAGGCGAUAGAAAUUCUUCGAGCAUUCGCUUUGUGAGACAACUUCUACCGUUACCGAAGUUGACUAUGGAAGUUAUUACAUGUGAACCUGUUGGAUGUUUGACUGAUACUAAAGGCAAUAAGAUCGCCGGAUUCGACAGCAUCGAUAAAAAACAGGGAUUGCAAGUAUGUGAUUCUCAAAGAGUAUCGGCAUGGGAACUCUUAGAAGGUCAUAAAAAUCCUGCGCCGCUUUCCUGGGCUUGGUUUAGAGCUGUUCGAUUGGAACGCAAACCGCUUACAUAUCAAAAUGCGCAUAAACUGUUGCGGUAUCAUACGCACAGUCAAAUUCGUCCAGCCAGCCAUUAUUUAGAUCCACCUCCAUUACCACCGGAAGAUCUGGAGCCAGACAAGAAAGAAUCGGACCCUGGUAAAGCAGACACUCCAAUGAGUAUUGAUUCACCAGGUCGAGUCGGCGGCAGUGUCGGUAGCACCGGAGUUGGUAAUGUAAAUACUAAUGGUAAAGGGAAAGCCAUGAAAAAUAAACGACAUAAUAGACGAGCAAAAGGUGCCGCUACACCUACGACACCUAUAUCGCAGCAGAUGCAACAACCACCAUCUCAAUUGCAACAAAUGGCAUUUGGUAAUCAACAAGCUCCUGUUGCGCAACAGCCCGGAAUGUUUACUGGGCAACCUCCACAACCCCAACAGCAAUGGUACAGUAAUCAGCAAACUCACACACCCGCACAGCAAUAUGGAUACAGUCAACAGUUACCACCUGCACCGGUCGGUGGACCGCGCUAUGAGAGACCAGGGAUGAAUAAUCAGUCCAAACAAGCUUUGUCGAAUAUGUUACGCUUACGAUUACCAUCCAAUCAAUUCAUGGGCUCACAACAACAACCACCAACCGCUACACCAGUUGCUGGACCAGGCGCAUUCCAAGGAAUGCAGAGGCAGUUCAUCAGGCAACAAUUGAGAGCGCAGCAUGGAGCACCUGGCAUAAAUCCACAACAAGGCAUGUUUGCAGCACAGCAACAGCAGCAGCAGCAGCAACAACAGCAACAAGGAAUAUAUGCUGGAAUUCAACAAGGUAUGAAUCAAAAUUAUACGGGAUAUGGCGGACAACAAAUGAUGCAGCAGCAACAACAGCAACAGCAACAGACGUCGCAGCAAACACAGCAGCAGCAGCAGCAGCAACAGUUGCUUCAACAGCAGCAGCAACAGCAGCAGCAACAAGGAAUCUUGAACCAACAACAAAGUAUGAUGUUCCCUAAUCAGCAGCAAAUGAUGGGUCCACAAAGGGGACAGGAAUAUAUGCCACAACAAAGAAUGCAGCCUAGUGCUGCAAGGCCGCCAUAUUUACAAGCGCCAAAUGUAACGAUGAACGCAAUGGGACCAAUGGGCGCAGGUGUUCAGAACCAACCUGCUCCUCCGUACCGACAAUCCGCUGGAAAACCGGGUGCGGUAGGCGUAACAGGUGUAGGUACGGCCAAUGUCAGCUUGCAGCAAAAUCAACAAUUCCAACAGCAACAAGCGAUAAAUCAGCGUAUGAGGCAACAGAUGUUGGCUAUGCAGCAGCAGCAACAAGCUCAGCAGCAGCAGGCUGCACAACAGCAGCAACAGCAGCAACAAAGUGCUGCUGGUGGGCAACAACCAACGCCUCAACUCGUGACUCACUUACAGAGGCAUUUGAGUCAACCACCGCAACAUUCCUAUCAACAUCAACCACCACCUUAUUAAAAUAGAAAAAAAAUUGAAUUUAUUUAAUCUGCUGGUUAAACACACUAAUGCAGUGUAAAAGUAAAAACCUCGGUGAAAACAGAUUUAUUGAGUUUCAAACUUUAUACUGUUGAAUGAGUAAACAAGGUGUGCAAGUAGGGAUGCAUGGAUCGUAAAAUUACCGGAUACCGGAUAUUGAAUAUCCGAUAGGAUGAUUUUCCUGUCGGAUUCCGAAUAUUUUUUCGGAUAUUCUGUACGAAUUCCUCAAAAUUCUAAAAAAAAGGAAAG